AUGAAGGAACUGUCCAAAGUUGCUGGGGCUCCGGAUCACGAGACCUGGCCGAACAUCUUCGAAUCCCCGCCGGCGGCGGCGAUGGACCUCUUGUUCGAACUCGUGAAGGACCAACUACAUGGGAAAGCCUUGGCGGAGGUGCAAGAGAUGCGUUUGACAGGCUACUCCACAGCUGGAGAGCCCUUGCCAUCAGCAUUGGUUUGGCCUUGGAAAGGCUGGAUGAAUCCCAAGCACGACGUCACCCGAAUUGGGCUGGUGCUCACCAAGGAGAUGACUCGCCCCCCGAUUGCUUUCCAGGUGUCGAAGUACUUGGAAAUGCGCCAUCGCUCCGGCUUGCGACCAGCGAUCAUCGCCUUCGCGCUGUACCGACAUCGAGCCCACUGCUCCCUGGAGAUCGCCAUGGGCGGACGGCGUUUCCCGAUGUCGAACUCCAGCCGGGCGUUGUGCAAAGAGUGUUGGUAUCAACAGAUCCUUCGAGCUUUUGAAAUGGCGGACUUCAGCAACGACGACGCCAUGCGGGGUCUCCAACGUUUUUGGCUCAGCAGAGCUCGCUUGGUGGGUGGACGACAAGGCCCAUCUGGCCUGGUCUUUGCGCACUUGGUGGCCUGGUUCCCGCUUUUGCGAGCGCAACUGUUUGGAUUGAGAGUGCUGGACUAUGCGAGGCUCUUGGUCCUGAAUCAACGGGAGCUCCGCAAGUACCUGAAUGGAACCCUGCCUGGGAAUUUGAUCAGGAGCCCUGGCGUGGAGGCACUCGCACGGAGCUUCGAGGCCUUCCGCGUUGAUGAUCCGCUCAAGUUCUUGGCCAAGCGGGAGCGAAGCUACCUGGCCUUGGGUGCUGAGCCCUUCGCACGGGCAGCGAUCCAGGCACGGCGCAGCCGAAGUCACCCUCCCCCGGAGUCAAAGUCACCAGAGCAGAGCUCGAUGGCUUUCGUGCACCGGCUAGUGGAGUCUUUCGAUUGGGAGGCAUGGAUCAGUGGGUGGAAGCGAACGCCGAGUACGGAUCCGUCAGCCGAGUACCGCGAGCUCAGGCUUAGGGCAUCCAGAGUUGUGCGGCCGGCCAUGCAUUCGGUUCAUCUAUGGCACCUGUUUCAAGGGGCAGAGCUGCGAGUGAAGAUGGACAAAUCCCAGCGGCAGAUCUUUGAGCAAAUGAGCGAAUCCGAGGUCCUCUCCUUUGCGCUAACUCAUCUCCAACGGAAGUGUCAGCAGAACGGCAUGCUCGAUCAGAUGGCGCUGGUGUUCGUCGCCCUGCGCCGACACCUCCGCUUCGGCCUCCAGCCGUCCCCCGCGACGCCCGGCACCUCGCGGCGGACGCAGCAACAGCACUUGCGCAUUCUGGUGCCUGCAGUGCGGAAGAUGAGUGGCCUGGGCGGCCUGGGACGUUUGUUGGAGCUGGUGCAGCAGAAGGUGGAACCAGGCUUCCGACAGGAGCUCCAAAAGCUGAUUGACCAUGCCGUGGGACGUCGGAAAGGUCACGUGGAGAGAAACUCUACCGAACCCCUGGCCGUGGCCACGUGGCCUGACAAGAUAUUGAAAGGAUUUGACAGCGGUGCCCCACGCUUGGCCUGA